AUGCCACGAGACACAACCCAAAAUGAUGCGCAAAGCGAAAGUACAAAGAAGGAGAAACGGAAACCCGUUCGCCGUGACCCCGAGAAAAGGCGUCAACAGAACAUUCGUGCACAACGCAAAUACCGUGAGAAGCUUCGCGAACGAAUGGAAUCCCUCGAAACGCUUGCAGCAUCGCUGGCGCAGAAAUCUCCGACGAGCGAUACAAUCCAAUCCGCACCGAACUCGGGUUAUGAUGGAUCGGACAUAUCGAAUUCCUACCCAUUGACGGCCACUCCCAAAGACUGCCAGCUUGCCUUUUCCCAGUCUGUCGAUACGGCAUCAAACUACCUGAAUAUCUGGGACCCUGCGACAGCACACUCGAUAUUUUCGGACAAUACUCUUUCAUCACUAAGCGCCUGGAAUUCUGCAACCUGCGAUCAAACAACACAUUUCUCAUCAUCAUCGCUUGUGGUCUCGGACCCCACGAAGCAAGUACUGUCACCCGAGCCUUCCGUUUUGGCACCGAGUGUUUCUCCGACGUAUGUCGACCCGUCAGCUCUCGUUCAUGAUAAAGAACAGACCGGCCUUGAUCAAUCCUGGACGACUACCACUGUUGAAUGCAAUUGCUCUGGCCCACAUUUCCAGGUCCAAACGUGUUGGCCCGGAACCAACGGCCCUACUGAGGUUAGGAUACUCAGGGUCGGAUCGCUCGCCCCCGCACCAGAUUUAUAUGCCAACCAUCUCCGUUUAGACACGAUGUGCACAUUGGCAGCGAUGGAUACGCUUAGACUGCAUGUUGGCCUUACUGAGGAGAUGGUGUGUGCCGAGGAAAGCCCCUCGCCCUUCUAUCGGUCGAUGAGAACGUGCGCGGAUAACGCGGCCAAGGACAACAUGAUCUCCACAGUGCAGAGGAUAUUCAAAACUCUCAAGCCAGACUUGAGGCCAAGUAGUGAACAAAUUACUGUUGAGCAUCCUCCAUAUAUCGAUGUCCUUCCAUUCCGAACGCUGCGAAAGAAUCUCAUUCUGCGUCAACAAGAGGUGGACGAAGAUGGAUUUCUCCGCGAUCUCCUCACCGGCUUAGUAUGUUGGGGAGGAGCAGGCCUCGGGAGAAGGGACCGAAAUGCCUCCACCGGAUAUACAUCAACCGGUACUCCUUGGGACAACCGCAGCUGGGAAGCAAAAGUAUGGUUUCUCAAGAAGUACUGGUCUCUCUUAGGGGGUGAAGACGGAGAGCUUGUACGGCAGAGUGAGUGGUGGCGCAGUAUCAGAGGCGAAGACCCGCUGGAAAUAGAGCCCAUUGCAUGA